AUGGAAACGCCUAUUCAAGCGCUGCGAUCAUUCGAGAGGAGAUCCAACAACCCGUCGCCGUACAUUGUGCGGCUGCUCGCCACGGCAGACGCGGAAUCGAACGCGCCGCAGCUCAUCUUCGAGUACAUGGACGGCGGCAGACUCACUUCGUACCUCGAGAAGCUAGCGAGAGACGAACCGGUACCCGUGGUAUACGCUCCCAUUGAGAUUCUCUGGGUCGUCGCCAAUGCUCUUCGCGACCUCCACGCCAAGAACGUCGUUCAUCGCGACAUCAAGACCGACAACAUCCUCCUCUCGUCCAAGCACUACAUUAAAGUGGCAGACCUCGGUGCCGCCAAGAAAGAGUCCAACGACAUGACAACGGGUGUUGGCACGAACAAGUGGCGAGCGCCCGAAGUCCUCACGUAUGGAAGCGGCUACGGCACGCCCGCCGACAUUUACUCGUUCGGGAUUCUCCUCCAGUCACUGUCCCCUAACCCUACCGAUGCGAGUACCGAGUGGGCCCAAGCCCUCGCAGCGGACUGCACGGCGAUCGAUCCAACGCACCGCCCGACGGCGGCCAAGCUUGUUGAAAUCCUGCGGCUACAAAUGCGGCGUUCGCAGCUGGUGGUGUCGUUGCCAGCGUUCUUGCAUGACCAAAAGGUUGGUCCUCCAGCCAUCGACGUCAUCCCCAUCAACCCAACUGUGGUGGUCCGGAAGCUCGGCCCCUCGCCGUCAACUAUCCAGACGGGCGAGACGGGUCUUAUCACAGCCACGUGCCUGGGUCACUGCGACAUUGUCAGCGUCCUGUUGGCACGCGGGGCCAACGUGAACGCAGCUCAAAUCGCUCGCAUGACAGCGCUGCACGCCGCUGCGCAGCGAAACAACUGCAAGAUUAUGCAGAUGCUUCUUGCAGCCAACACCGCCAACGUCGAAGUCCGUGACAGCUAUGGCCACACGCCGUUGCAUCUCGCCAUCAAAAAUAACAGCAAGGAGGCCCUCGACGUACUUUUGCACGCCAAUGCCAACGUCAACGCAGUGACCAACGACAAGGACACGCCACUGCACUAUGCGACAAAUUCUAAACUUGAUGCGGUCGUCGCGCAGCUCAUUGCCCAUGGCGCCAACGUCAAUGGCCGCAACAAUGUUAGCAUCACACCACUGUAUACCGCGCUAGUCAAUUUCGACGAGCCUUCGGUCACGAGUCUCGUCCAAUCGGGGGCUGAUCUCCACGAUGUGAAAGACAACGAGAGUGCGCUUCAAGUCGCUUGUCGCAAACGCUUUGUGGCUGCAGUACCCAUUUUACUGACGCAUGGCGCCGACGUCAAUACCAAGCAUAACGGGCUAUCUCCUCUGUGGGACGCCAUCAUGCGCAACUGCUCUGAUCUUGCCGCCGCUCUCCUCACGUCGUCCGAGAUCAACAUCAACGAGCAGGACGAGUUCUAA